CAGAUCAGAGAUGUGACGACGACUCACUGGAAUCAGAGGAAGACGAGAACGAAGAAGAAAAACCUUCAGAGACUCUUCACUGGGAGAAUCUGAUCUCUGAGCUCAGUCUCAUUAGUCUGACAGAAGACAAAGAGGACGACAGGAGAAACGAGCCGGGAGAAGAACUGUGGUCUGUGAAAAACUUUGCCAUUUAUUUGACCAUUGACCCCAACACUGCCAACUCAGAGCUCCUCCUGUCCGACCACAACAGGACGGCGACUCGCGUCUGGUCGGACAAUCGCUACUUGGAAAACAUGCACCGGUUUGAGAGCUGCCCUCAGGUCCUGUGCAGGGAGGGGCUGCUGGACUCGGUGUACUGGGAGGUGGAGUGGAGCGGCGGCGCCGACAUCGGCGUAACCUACAACAGCAUCUCCAGAGACGGGGACACGGCGAGCUGUCUGCUCGGACACAACGAGAGCUCCUGGAGUCUGGAGUGCUCGGAAGAAAGCUACACUCCGUGCUGCAACAACAAGAGAUUCAAGUCGUCCUCGCCCGAACCCUUCACCCGCAGAGUCGGGGUUUACCUGGACUGGUCUGCAGGAUCUCUGUCCUUCUACUGCAUCUCACAGGACGCCAUGGUCCACCUCCACACCUUCACCUCCACCUUCACCCAGCCUCUGUACCCCGGCUUCUGGGUGUGGGCCUAUGGCGGCUCGGUGUCGCUUUGUCAGGUGGAGUUAAACUGGGAACGCCUGCUGCAGUGAAUCUCGCUAACACUCGAAGAUCCUCACGUCCUGUCUGUUUAUGUUGUACAUAUUUGAACAAGCCUUCUGAAAGGAUAGAGACCAAGCAGACAACAUGGAGCACUCCCACCAGAAUCCAUGGCGGGGCAGUGUAGACAAUAGCGCAGACAAGACACGACACGACCAUUAGGCACAAAGAAGAAACAGGUGGAACUUUUUGAGAAUUGUUGAUAAACGUCAGAUGUUUGCACUCUGUGCUGCCCUCUGGUGGAUGUAUUACAGUCAUGUCAACGGACAGGACAUGUGGACAUCUGUGGACAGUGACGGUUACGUCGUUUAAAAUGUUUGUUUCCUUUUUAUACGUAAAGUUUAAACAAAUGAUCCUUUAGACAGACGAGCAAGAGAAACAGAAUCAAGCUCAGAGUUUCUGAAUCGAGUUAAAACCUCGUUAGAAUCAGUCGGAUAAAAACUGUUUGUUCUCAUGUGAUGUUUUAUUUGUGUUGCACAUCUGUCGUGUGUGUAUCACUGUGUGUGUGUGUGUGUGUGUGAGUCUGACCUGUAGUUGACUCUCCUGACUCCCUCGGGCCUCCUGCAGCUCCUUCUCCAGCUGCUCCAGACGAGCAACACGCAUCUGCAACACACACAC